UUGCGCUAAAGUCUUGAACAAAAAUAAAAAUCGCACGAAACAUUUAUUUAUAUUUUUAAUUUAACGCAAUAAAAUAAAAUGAAAGUACUUAUUUUAAUUAUAUUAAUUAUUAAUUGGAACAUUUGUUUAUCUAUUAAAAAUGAUUAUUACGCUUUACUUGGUGUUAAAACCGAUGCUUCUAAAUCAGAGAUAAGAAAAGCUUUCAAAAAAAUUGCCCUUGAAAAACACCCAGAUAAAAACAAGGGAGAUGCUGCUGCUCAUGACACUUUUCUUAAAAUAAACAAGGCGUAUGAGGUUUUAAAAGAUGAAGAACUGCGCAAGAAAUAUGAUCGAUAUGGUGAAGAUGGUCUUAAAGAUAAUCAUUUUAGUAACAAUUAUCAAAGUUGGACAUACUAUAAUGAACAGUUUGGUAUUUAUGACGAUGAUCCUGAAGUUAUUACGCUAAGCAAAGCAGAUUUUGAACAAUCAGUUUCAAACUCAGAAGAUAUUUGGUUUAUCAACUUUUAUUCACCUCAUUGUUCACAUUGUCAUACUGUUGCACCUAUAUGGCGAAAACUUUCUGAAGAAUUAAGUGGUGUAGUUCGAAUUGGAGCCGUAAACUGUCAUGACGAUUGGAUGUUAUGUAAUGCUGAAGGAAUUAGAGGGUAUCCUUCAUUGCGUAUUUAUCCUUCUGCCGAAGAUUACUACGGAGAACACAGUGUAGAAAAUAUGAUGGCAUAUGUAUUUGAUAGAGUUCAAAUCGAUGUAACUCGCUUAAAUACAGAAAAUAUAAAUGUUGUGUAUGAAAGUUCAAUGCCUUGGAUUAUUUCAUUUUGUGAAGAAGAUCAUGAUUGUUUAUCUGAUACAACAUUAUUGAAAGUGUCAGCCAUGUUGGAAGAUCUUGUCAAUGUUGGAUCAGUUAAUUGUGAGAAUGAAAUAUCUCUUUGCAAACAAUUAUCUCAUUCAAGUGGGGUUUAUUUUUACUCUGCUGAAUCAGUAAAAGAUACUCAAGGGACUGUAAUUGUUAACAUAAAUGCAAAAGAAUUAGUCAGUGAAGUUUUGGAUUUGCUUCCUAUACCACUUCAAGUUAAUGAUAACAUAUUUCAGCAAAUUCGACGAAAUAUAUCAGAAAACAAAAGCAAUGAAUGGCUUUUCAUGUUUACUGAUCGUGAUGAUCACAAAAAUCAUGAGUUACGAAAAACGGAGGCUUUACUUCAAAAUAUUAAUAUUGGCCAUGUUAACUGUUUACAAGCUGCAGAUCUUUGUCAGAGGUUUCUUAUAAAUAAAUAUCCUACAGUUUUAUUGUAUAAAAAAAUUGGUUAUGAAAUUCAUCAUGGUCGUAUGUUUGCACAUGAUCUUGCAAACUUUGCCCGUGAAAGUCUGGCAUCAAAUGUAAGAGUAAUGGGUCCAGAUGAUUUCUUGAAAAUAUCACAAAGCUCCGAGAGUUUUUUUAUAGAUUUUUUUGCCCCAUGGUGUCCACCUUGCAUGAAAUUACUUCCAGAAUGGCGUAAAGCUGGCAAACUUAUUGGUGGUAAACUUGCACAUUUUGGUACUGUUGACUGUACGGUUCAUCAUCAGCUCUGUGUUAAGUUAAGCAUUCACUCUUAUCCAACAUCAAUAUUCUAUAACUUGAGUAAAGCUCAUAUUUUCAGUGGUUAUCAUACAGCAGAGGAAAUAAUUGAAUAUGCAGAGGACAUAAAAAGCCCACCUGUUAUACAUAUAACACCAGAGUUUUUCAAUGCAGAAAUUAAAGUCAAACCAAUUGGAAAAACGUGGAUAUUAAAAUUUUAUGCUCCAUGGUGUCAUCCUUGUAAUGAAAUGGCACCAGCCUAUUCAAAACUAGCAAAAAAACUAAAAGGAGAAGCAUUAGUUGGAGAAAUAAACUGUGAUGAACAUCGCUUUUUUUGUCAAUCAGUUGGAAUCACAAGUUAUCCAACAAUAAGACUGCUUCCACAUUACACAGAAGGUCAUGAGAAUUUUGUUCAUUACAAUGGUUGGAGAGAUUUUAACUCAAUGUACAUUUGGGCAGUUGAAUACUUUCCUACAGUUGUAAAAGAGUUUAGCGAAAUAGACUUUUACACAAUAUUAAACAGUGAUGAACCUUGGUUGGUAGACUUUUACACCCCUUGGUGCUCCCAUUGCACAACAUUUGCACCACAUUUCAAACAACUUGGGAAGCGCCUUUUUAAUGAAAAAGCUAUUCAAACUGCGAAAAUUAAUUGUCAAGAACACUACACUUUGUGUCGUGAUGUUGGAAUUCGCAGUUACCCUUCACUUCGCUUCUAUGAAGGUCGAACUCAAGAAGGAACAAGUCAGCCUAUCACUGGAACAGCACUAGAAUCUCAAGAUACAAAUUAUUUAUUUGAUAUGUGCUCCCAAUUAUUGGAAUAUCACAUUGCAUCAUUAAAUCUAGGAUCUAGUAAUUCCAAGGGUGGUGAUUUUAAUAAAAAAACUGAAGUCCCUGAUGAAAUGUUAUUCGUACACGAUGAAUUUUAGCUGUUAUUCGCGUUUUCACUUUUUAACGAUAUUUUUAACAACUGGGAGAUUUAGAUGCCCGAUUUUUUCACUUAUUUAUUUAUGUAUUCUUUUAUUUAUUAAUUUUAUUUGAAAUAUUUUAUUAGGAUAUUUUCUUUAUAAUUUUAUGGUUACGUUAUUCGACAAAAUAAAUUAAAUUAAAGUGAAUUUUGUAUAUAAUUAUACUAAGUAUAUUUAAACAAAUAACUAAAUAUAUAAAA